AUGCACUCGCGUCGACCCGAGACAUUGAAGAUUGACAUCUCCAAGUCCAGGGGAGUCGAAAAGGACUCCCUCUUGAGAUGGUUCGUCGAAUUGGAUGACGCCAUAAGGGCGCGUCGCAUCGACGACGGGGAAAUGCAAGUUGCGUUUGCCCAGUCAAAUCUGGCAGGACGUGCCAAGACUUGGGCUUUGGGGCUCAAGUUGCACGACCCAUAUGUGUUUGAGUCAUUGAAAGUCUUCAAGUCGCGGCUCAGAAAAACGUUUGAACCGCCUGGAGCUGAGUUCAGAGCUCCAACCGAACUCUUGAAGCUCAAGUAA